GCAAAGGUGAAGGUCACUAAUGGAAGUAAACAUUUUCCACAUGUGGAUUCGAUUUUUGUGAACCGAUGAAUGUGGACCAUUACGAAGUCUGAUAUCUUCAAAUAUGGACAAAAAGGAAGCAAAAUAUCACAGUCACCACCCAGCGGGGAAGGGAAAGAGUUAUACACAAUAUCACACUUCCAAAAAAAGGAUAAAUCCACAGAAACAAUUCAACGGAAGUAAACAAGAAGGUGAGGGGUUUGCAGAGAAACGGAAGAAGAAGAUGCGUUAUGAGUACAUGAAGCUUUUAAAGAAACAGAAGAGGCAAAAAUAUGUGGAAUCACAAAGAAAUAUUACUAAUUCAAGUGGACCUGAUGAGGUGGUGGGGAAUGUGAUUGAUGCUGACAUGGCUAAACCAAGGAACUUCCGAGUACGAGACAGGCAUGAGGGUAAACAGCAUAUUUUUUCUGAGGCUCAGAAGCGUUUUCAUGAGAAGAAAGAAAAUCAGGAAAAGCAAAAACAGGAAAACCUCUUGAGGCUGGAAGAACAGAAGAAAGCUGUUGGUCAGUAUAACAGCAAGAGGAAGAAGAAACACCUCAUGUUGUGUAAGAAGACGCACAAGGGCCAGCCAAUUAUGAAACAUCAAAUACACUACCUGCUCGAGAAAAUUCAAGCGGACAUCGGCCAUUCAUGACAUCCUGCGGACAUUGUUAUUUGAGAAUCGCUAGUUGAUCAAGGCACAUUUUUUUUAUGAAUAUACAACAUUAUCAGUUCCAAAUGUCAAGAUACUAUAUCUUUUACGCAUAUACUGUUGUUGUAUUCUGCUAAUAAAAUGUUUCUUGUUA